CCACUUCCUCUGUGCAGCUCUUCCCCCUGCACUGAACCAGAACCGGCCCGGUUCGGUUCUGCAGAAUGAGCGCCGCUCAGUGACAACAUGCUGGAUUUUUAAUAACAAAUUUCUCUUUUUGUAGUUAAUUUACUGAAAUAUCAGCUGGAUGCGGUUGAGGCAGUGGAGGAUCAGAUGUUGGUGUCAGGCUGACCUAUCGCAGCGCAGCGCGCCGCCGGCCAGCCCUCCCCCACCCGGACACAUGCUCAGCCUCUCCGGGCAGGCAGGGCGCAGCGAGGCGCAGCGGACUGGAAGCAUGGCGGCGCGGCGGGAGGAGGCUGCGGGAGACGCGUAGAGGCGGAGGGGAGGGAGGGAGAGAACCGCUGCUGCUGCUGCUGCUGCUGCUGCUGCUGCUGCUGCUGAGGAGCCAGCACAUCCUGCCGUCAGACCCGAUCAGUUCAGGUUCGGUUCUGAUCCCUAAACAGCUGCAGCCGGAUGAUGCGGGAUGUCUCCAGAAACCUCCCAGCCUGCUGACUCCGCUCCAGCCGUCUCCGUGGAAACGCGCAGCGCCGCCGUCGAGUCGGAUCCAGAAUAAAACCCCAGCUGGUGAAACGUUGGAGAGGAGAGGAGCCGACUGAGCGCGCUCAGCAGCAGAUGGUGACACUGCAGCAGCACUUCUCCAGCAUGGAGCAGACGGUGCGGUCCCUGCUCCAGAACCAGGACUCUCUGGAUGGACCCAAAGUGGAUCCUCUGGACCUGAUGAAGGCCUACAAGGACAAGCUGCUGGAGGAGAUGUGGAAGCAGCAGGACAGUCUGGACGGCGCCCCCGCCGCCGAGGCGCCGCCGUCCCCGCAGGCCGCCGCCGCCACCGACAAUCCUCUGCUGGAACGCCUUCGAGUGCUGGAGGCGGAGAACUCGGCGCUGUCUGUGGAAAACGACAACCAGAGGAAGCAGUACGAACGCUGCUUAGACGAGGUGGCCAACCAGGUGGUGCAGGCGCUGCUCACGCAAAAGGACCUGAAGGAGGAGUGUGUGAAGCUGCGGACCCGCGUGUUCGACCUGGAGCAGCAGAACCGGAUCCUGAGUGUUCUGUUUCAGCAACGGGUCAGAACCUCCACCGCUCCCGUCUCACAGGAGGUCCAAAGAAACGGAAAAGCCAGAAGUAUUGCUGCAGGAAGAUGGCCCAGCCUGCUGAGCCUGACCUGCCCACGAAGCAGCGGCAGUGAGCUGUCUCUGUCCAGUGCUUGCAGUGAAUACUCCAGUGGUUCCCAUACAUGGGCAGACGGACGCGGCUUCUCCAAGCAGUGGGCCUCCAGCCGGGACAAACGCAUGAGCACUGGCUCAGUAUCCAGCAACCAUUCAGUGUUCAUUGAGCCGACAGACUUGGGAUGGAAGGAGGGCCAUAUCCUGAAAGGCCUGAAGCAUCUCCAGAUGAACAAGUCCAAAGAGGCAACCUCAGCUGCAGCUGUUCCACACUGCAAAGACUGCAUGACCUCAAACGAGGGUAUUUACUCCUCUGGUGUCAAGUCGCACCAACAAGGGUCUCCUGCCAAGAAAAGUUCAACAAGAAAACCUUUGACAGCUGAGCCGCAGGCGUCCAUCCUGGACUCUGAUGAUCCAGAUGAAUCUGGCGAACAAUCAACAAAAAAACGCCUUCAUUUGGACUCACUAGAGGUUUCUGCAGAUGAAGUUUCUCAUGAAGACUCGAUUCUUCCAGCUAGCUCUGGUCUCUUCCCCUCACCUGACUCUGACAACUUCCUGUUUUUAGAGGCCCCCACCGUUAAACCUGGUGUGAGUCCAACAGAUAGCCUCACAAAGUCUGAGGGACUCAACAGGAACUCAUUAGAUAAACACAUAUCAGGAGUGAAGCUCAGCGACAGGAAUAAUAAUCAAGAACAGGCCACUGACCGUAAGUCCAGACUGGACUGCAGCCAAAGGCAGCAAGGCAGACUUCCUAUCAAGCAAACAGAAGCAGAGGAAAAUGAUGUGAGCUCCUCAGCUCAGCAUUCUGCAACCAGAGCUCUGAGCUGCAUGAAUGAAGCCAGACAGCGAAGCGCUUCAAUGGAAGUGCCCCACUGCAGAGACCAGGCAAAUCCAGCCGGUGGGGACAGCAGGGACUGGACCAACUCAGAAUCUCCACAGAGGAAACCAAAACCUCAGUUUUGUGACUCAGCAAGGAAAGCUUUCAUUCUGAGAAGCAAGAGUGCAGAUGGAGGCCAAGAUCAGCUUAAACAUACCCAUUCUCCUCUACAUCAGAAGCUCAUCAAGGGUCAAAGACCCAAAGGACAGGUGACCUCUCCAGUACACAGUGUGCCCAGCAAACGGGCCAACCCUCACGGGUCCAGCAAGUGUACAUUACCUAAAACUGACAAAGAUCAAGAUGUUUCAAUGCCAGUCGGCUCCAAGUGUCUUGAGAGUAUGCAACAGCUGUCUCCGCUUGCAUCUCCUGUGAAACAGUCAAAGAUUCUUAAGUCACCAGGCAUCAAGGACAGCUUGAAGAGUCCAACAAAACCAUCAAAUAGAGUCUCAAGCAAUGACUGUGCUGAAGAGAGCAUCUAUGACAACCUGCCCUGUUCACCGAGGAAACAGAGACGCCAAGAAGACCAGGGAGAUUCGUUCAGAUCCGAGCGAAGGUCUCCAUCGCCACCGCUACCACCAGGCCGAACUACGUCUCUUCUCCUUAAAGCCGGGUCCGACAGCGCAACCAAAGACAAAAAACUGGCAACUCAGCCUCAAAGCUCAACCACUGGCAAGCCAUCAACAGCUACUGACUUCAGCUCUGUUUUAGAGACUCAGCAGUCCAACAUCAUAAAAGAUAAUCAACUUGCUGACCUGCAAAUGAGAGACGUCUCCAUCAAAACCUUCCUUACCGAUGGGUCAAAGAUUCCUCACCUCCCCGUUAAAGAAUCACAAUCCUCAGACUCAGUUCAGUCGGACAGAAUCACCACAUGCCACAAUGAGAAUGGAUCAACAAACCAGAACAUCCUACAGAGAUCCCAGCAGAGCAUUAGUGAGCCAAAGCUUUCUGAAGUCCUGCCUACUGGUUUCUCUAAUGUUUACUACCACAGGGUUCCCAGUAAUCCGCACACAUCCUCCUCAAAUGCUGUGAAAAGGACACUUCCUGUGAAUGCUAAGUCUCAUGAAGCAAUCUCUGGACAGAACACCAGUACCUUCUUGAUCUUUGGGAGACAGAGUAUUGACGACCCAAACAGUCUGCAGACUUUUCAAACAUUUACAUGCGAUCCCCAAGUGAUGCAUGAAUUUGGUUCACGGGAGAAGUCUUGCCGGAAGAUUGAGACCCGCUGCAACUCCCUGGACUCUGAGCCUCUCCAGCCUGCAGCGUCUGACGCCAGCGGGAUGUUAGACUGGGGGUUUGAUGAGCAAGGCUGGCUGUUUAAACGCUCUGUGUCUGUGUCGACCAGACCUCUUCUCAAACCAGUGAUGGGCAUGAAUGGAGCUAAAGCUCGCAGUCAGAGCUUCGGUGCACGCUACAUGGACAGACCAAGCUUCAACAGAUCUGGGAAGGUCCGGACCCAGAUCAAAACCCAUUCAGGGAGCUCACUGAACUCUCUUGGGGAUGUCCUUCCCGGUAGCAUGAGCUGCUCCAGUAGCUACCACUGUCCAAUGAAUCGAUCCCUACUGAACAACUUUCUGAUUGAGGAAGGACUGACAGUCCCGUCACAUCUGGGUUCAUCCAGUGAAAGACUUCAAAGUCUUAAGCUGCAAAGAGAGCAGGCUAGGCGCCUUCAGAUUGAGCAGCAGUUUUCCAGCGCCUUCGGUGAGCCGGUCUCUGAGGAACCCGAGAGACAAAGCACCAUAACCACCAUCGAAGAGAAGGUGAUGCUUGGCAUUGAGGAGAACUUGCACAAGUCACAGGAACAUGAAAAAACGAACGAAGUGAAGCAAAAGUCUGGCUCUAGCAUUGCAAGUUGGUUUGGUUUCCGUAAGAGUAAACUUCCGGCUCCAAGCAACAAAAAGACGGAUCCACCAAAAGCAAAGGAAGAAAAGCGGGAACAAAAGAUUACGUCUCUGCUGGGAGGAAAGAGUUCAAAGUCAGACAAGAAGAAAGACAGACGAAAAAGUGAUGGAAAAGAAUGCUCUGUGGGAAUAAGAGAGCCCCAUGAUGCAGUUCGGGCCUGCAUCUCCAUGCCCUGUCCAGGAAUGUCCCUCACUGAGAUCCAAGGUCAUGCUAGCAUCAUAGCGGACCCCCAGAUGAUGAACCGAAGACCUGACGGUGAAAAUGGAUCCAGUGUGAGGAGCCAGGACGCAGUCACAGGAUUGCGCUGCGCCAUGCGGACGCUGGACAGCGGAAUCGGGACCAUUCCCCUCCCAGAAUCCUGCUCCUUCUUCUCCUCCAUCCUCAGCUUCCUUCCCAAAUCCUCGUCGACCCCCGAGCAGUCGCUCAGCCCUCCCAGUAUUCCCGGUUGCUCCAGUGAAGACGUGUCCCCGUCCCCGUUGCCCCGGUGGAGAGUCCCGUCCAGCGGCAGGGACGGCGGCCGCUCAGGCCUCCCCGCCUCCCUGUCCGAUUCCUCCAUGAUCCCAUCGGUGCCUUUUCCCACUGUGGCCUUCCUCCAGCCCACGUCUCACCCCAUUGUGACCCCAACCAGAGUGUGUGACACCCAGAGCUGGCUGCCCAGACCGCCCAGAGGUGGGACGGAACCAAAGAAGCUGAGUCACAUCAAACCCAAACCGCGAUCCACAGCGAACCAACCGCAGGAGCAGAGCCGACUGCAGCUGGCAAACUAGAUCCUGAAGCUGGAAGAUCAGGAAACUCUCACCUUAAAGACGCAGCGUCAGCCAAUCAGGAUGCAGGAUGACGCUCUUCUUCCUGUUCUCAGACAUGUUGGAGGGCUGCAGCGCUCUGCGUCUGGCUGUGAAGAUGAAUCCUAAAACUCUCCUUCAAAACGUUCUGGUCUAGUCAAAUCCUCUUCAUCACUCUGAGGACGAAGAGGCAGCUAGCGACUUUCUAAUGUAGCAUUGUGUAAAUAAACAGCAGAGGGUUCAUUUCUAUCAGAGCUUCAUAUCAUUAACUUCAGAAUCAGAUUUCAGCUGUUUUCCUUUUUCUUUCUGGCUAAAAGCUGCUAAUGUCACUGCAGCUUCCUGCUCACCUGCCAGGUAGGAACUCAGGUUUACAUCAAACUGAAUGUUCUCCAGUUUCCGGUCCUAAAACCAGUAGCAUUUCACUGCUUGUUCCCAGUGAUCAGGCUAGCUAGCAUUAGCAAUACAAGCGUCUCACUAUUUUAGACCUUCAGGAACCGAAGGAGCCGUUUUCUAACGGAAGCUACCUGAUUUAUUGUGAUAUAAACAAUAAUCAAUUACUACUGUUAAAACUUAUUUCUGAUCACCCUGGAAUAAUAAAACCUUAAAUUCUGCUGAACAGAAUAAUAAAGAGACAAACAGCUAAAAUUCUGAGAGAAAAUUAGCUUUAGCAUGCUAAUGUUAGCGUUGACUAACUACUCUUUUCUGUGUUUAUAUUUGAUUGCAGAUCAUUUUUUUGCACAAUUUGAACUUAUUUCAUGAUUUCGCCAUGAAGGACAUGAAUCCACUUUAUUUUGUGUUAAAUAUAAAAGAAAAAGUUAGCAUUGACGUUAGCAUGCUAACAAUAGCACAUCUUAUUUAUUUUGAUAAAAUGUUUAAACUGAUCAAUCAAUAAAAUUGAUUCAUGCCAGCUGAUAAUAACAAACCUCUCACUGGUUCAGACAUCCAGGAACAAAAUUAGCAAUAUUUCUACCAGAUGCUACCAUUACUGUUAGCGUUGCAGAUAAAUCAUUUAUUACUGCAAUGUUGAAAACUUUAAAAUUUCUUAUAUGAUUUCUGGACAAUAAUCUCCUAAUUCUGCAAAACAAACAGAUAAAAAUACAAACUGCUGAAAUUUUAGGGGAAUUAUUCUGUUAAUGCAUCUUCAAAAAGUCUCAACAUUAGCAUUAGCAUGCUAAUGCUAAUUAGCAUGCUAAUUAGCAAAUUUUCCUUUUCUGUGCGUAUCAUAUUUCUGGUUACAUUAUUUAUUGAAGUUUAAUUUUUUUGUACUGUUUGAAUUUAUUUCAUGGUUUGAUCAUCGAUCAACUUUAUUUAACAUGAAAGAAAAUUAGCUUUCAGAUUAGCUUGCUAACAUUAGCAUUAGCACACACUUAUUUAUUUUGAUAAAAACUUUAGACACAUGUUCAAACAAAUCAAACAAUAAAAUUUAUAAAUAUUUAUCUUGCAUAAAUUAAAUUAAAUUAAAUUCACCUUAGCUGGAAAAAUUAGCUUUAAUAUUUUGUGAAAGUUUACAGAAGAUUUAUAUUUGCAUAAAAAGCUGCAGACUCGUCCAGCCAACAAUAACAUCCAAAUUAAACUUUUACUAAAUAAGAACUUUUAUUAUCAGAAUGAGUUUUGAAAUCAUAAAUGAAUCAUUUCCUCACAUGAAGCUGAGUGUGAUCAGGAACCACAGGAAGUGGUUCUGCUACUUCCUGUCCUCCUUUGUUUCUUCUUCUUGGGUUUUUAGCUCAAGGUUGCGACGACCUUCAGCUGUCUGGGAUGAAAAAUAUUCUGAUGAAAAUCUGGAGGAUAAAAGUUCAGAUGUUUUCAAACACAGAGGCUAAUCAGCAGAAAUGGAUCUGAGGGGAUUAUUGGUUAUUGACUAUUGAUUAUUGAAGUGGUGUUCUGCUGAGGCUGAUGAGUUGUCAGUAUCCGACUGUUCAGAUUCCUGCCGUCUUAAAAUAACUUCAAACUGCUCAUGUAAAUAUUGUUUAAUGAACCAUCUUCACUUUUUAUCCGUCAUGUUUUAAAAUCACUGCAGGUUUCAAUAUUACCAAUAAAAAGUAAUGAAAUAUCAGAUUAACAUUAAUGAUGCAAUAUCUGAUCAUAAACUGUUUAAAUCCCUAACAGAAAAAUGUAAUCAUGUUAUUUGGUCAAAAUGUUUAUUUUAUUUAACAACAUUUCUGGUUUAAUUUCUUAAUUCAUGUUUGUGAAUAUAAAACAAAGAAAAUCAUCAUCAGUAAAAAGGUGUGAAUAUUAUGUUUACAAAAUUAAACUAACAGAAAUAUGACUUAAACAAAACCCUGCAAAUGUUUAAUAUUCAUGCUACAGACAUUUAGCAGCAUCUGGUCUGAAACCUCCAGGAGGAACCGGCCAAUCAGAGCCCGAUCCCGACCCGGUUCUCCGGUUCACCGCCGGGUCCUGAAACCUGGAAUCGAGUUUUUGCAUAAACCGUUUUCAGUUGUUUCAAGAUGGCCGACUGAUGAACUGGUUCAGAGACGGGUAAGAUACUGCCUCCUCACACCCGCUCUGCAGAACUCUGAACUGUCCCUUUAAGGCAGGACUUCAUGACUCAUUUCCUGUUUCUGUGACGAUGUGAAUCUAAUUUAUGGAGGAAAUGUAAAUGCUGAACUCCUGGACGAUGUGAAUAUUUAGCUGUUUAAACUUUUUCUCUCCUGCAUGCUUCACUUUGAUGAUUCAUCCAGACCCAAACCAUCCAGCAGAGGAACCGUUUCCACGCUGCGCAACGAUGAUGUCAUCACUACGCCACAGUGAUGACAUCAUCGCUUCACAGUGAUGACAUCAGCAGGACGGUUGGUUAGGAGUCUUUUUGCUCAGGGAAUUGAACCACUAACCUUCUGAUAGAUGCUGUGGAUUCGCUCAGACAUGGAAACAGAUCCUGGAUCUUCCGACUCUCUGGAACAACGAAUUGAUUUUAUCGAAUCAUUUUUAAUGUUUGGGUGUUUCUUCUUCUUGGUUCCUGUUGUCUGGUUGCAGCUGAGCCACAUAUCAGAGCCAUUUAAAGUCACGGCGCUCCGUCACGUUGCACGCUCUCACCCGCUCCAGUAGCUCACUCGCUGCAUGUUUUAAUGUUUCAGCUGAUUCUUCCAGUUAUCUGCGGCGGCAGCAGGAAAAGUCCCGAUCCGGUUCCCCUCUUUAUGUUUUCAGUUCCAGACUCAAAGAAAAACUCUGGAUGAUUUUUGUAAAAAUCAUUUUCUUUUCAAGUCCAACAUCAAGAAUGAUUCAGAUGUGAAAAACCCAAAGAAUGAAUCAGUUUUAUGGUGAAAAAUAUCAGAUGACUCAGCAAAACACCGGCUUUAAAUCGGCUACAGCUGCCAGUAAAUAAUUCAUCUUUAUUUUGAUUAUUUUCUUAAACUCCUCAAACGAAGUAAUUUGGAGGUAAACAGAAAAAACUUUUGCUAAAAAGGUUAAAAAGAAUAAAUUUAAAAGUGUUUUGUUCAGAGGCCACAUCAAAGGUGAUCUUCUGCUAAUGCGCUAAUAGCAAAGCUAAUUAUUAUUUUUGCCCUUUAGUGCUUUUGUUAGCUUCGAAAACAUUUAGAGCACUUAGCUUCUCCUAAAUUAACUUUUCCAGAUAAAUUCUAAACGAUAAUUUAGAUAGAUAGAUAAAUCUUUACUCGACUGGUUGGUAAAUUUCAGUUGAAUAAAGUUGAAUGUUGGAACAAAGUUAACAAGCAAAACUCAACGACUAUAAAACUGUAACCAGGAAUGAAAUGUUUGUUUCAAAUAAUCAUUUCCUGAAGCGCAAACUGUACAGGAAGGCCACAAAAUUAGCCCAGUAGAAGGCGCUAUGCUAUAAUACGCAUUUUACUGUUGGCAUUGUUGAAAUUAGCAUGUUAGCAUUAGCUUCCACUGAAUAAUGUGUUGAUGUAGCUAUUCAGCGUCAGUGGAACCAAUGUUUUAAAAUUAUUGCUCUACAGUUAGCAUAGCUAGCUCUUUAGCUAGCGGUGCCCAACGCUGCAUCUCAGCGUUAUUUAUAAUCACGUUUCAUUUGGAAUUGGAAUUAAAGCAUUUUUUAAUUGUGCUUUUAUGGUACCAGUUAAUAUUUAUCUACUUUAUGUAAAAAACAACGUAAAUAUGAAUCAUCUUGUUGGAAUAAAGUCCAGUAGAUCUGAUCUAUAAUCAGUUUUUGCUAGCUAGCCGUCCAGCAGCGCCACUGGAUUGAAACCGUUAAUAAAUCUGAGGAACGAUUUGUUAAAUUAAUGAUUUAGAUCAAAUCUUCAGGCAAAGCAAAGCUGACUUUUGUUCAUGAAACGUAAAGAGACCAGAAUCGGAUCGGGACUUUUCAAACUAAAAUAAGUUCUGUGUAGAACCGUAGCGUAGGCGUCGGGUCGGAUCAGGCGCUGGUUCUGAUCCGGGCGGAUGCAGCAUGAUGAAAACAGCGCCCAUAUUUUUCUAACAUUUACUCAGACGUUUGUCAGUCAGCACCGAAGAGUGUUUGAACAUUUAUUGCACAUAUUGUCUCACUGUUGCAGUGUUUGUUUUUUCUGAAUCCAAUAAUUGCAGUGAUGUUUUCGUGUAACGGUCACCGUAGCAACCUCAGACUGGUAAUCUUUGUUUUAUGUUCAAAAAACAGAAAUAAACUAUUUCAGUACUUCUG